AGACAUAUAAUUAUGACACUAUGGCAGGGAUUUUGUGUUCAGUGGUUCACAGGCCCCCAGGCAGGCUACAGACUGUGACAAAACGUGUGGAAUCUCUCAUGGGUACAGAUUGGAUUCGUCACAAAGUUACCAAAUCAAGAAUUCCAGAUAAAGUGUUUCAGCCUUCACCUGAAGAUCAUGAAAAGUAUGGUGGGGAUCCACAGCACCCUCAUAAACUACAUGUUGUUACCAGAAUAAAAAGUACAAUAAGACGACCAUAUUGGGGAAAAGAUGUAAUCAAGAUGCUUGGAUUAGAAAAAGCACACACUCCUCAAGUUCAUAAGAACAUCCCUUCAGUAAAUGCAAAGCUGAAAGUGGUUAAGCAUCUCGUAAGAAUGCAGCCUCUGAAGCUGCCUCAAGGACUUCCCACAGAAGAGAACAUGGCUAACACGUGCCUCAAGAGUACCGGGGAGUUAGUAGUGCAGUGGCAGCUGAAGCCUGUGGACACCUGUAAGCCCAGCACUCAGGGGGCAAAGGCAGAAGAAUCCUUGCAAGUUCAAGGACGGACCCAGGCUACAUAA